CGUUACUGCAGUUGAACUCUUCCUCUUCCUGCUCUGAGGCAAAGAACAAUAAAUAGAGUGAGGUUGACCACAGUCAGAGGAGCUGGAGGAAACAGGCGGGGCUCAUUAUGACUUAGCUCCGGUGCAUCUCACUGUUUUCUCAACUGUAAAGGGCCGUGAAGAUGAAUUUAGCAUGCGCUCUUAUUUUCAUGCAGCUCGUCGAAGCCUCUGCAGAGCUCAUCUUCAGGCGUCUCAAGGUGAACCGAUCACUGGAGCUCUCCUGCCCCCUUCAGCGGGACCUCGGCAGCCUGAUGGGCCUCCACCUGUACCACCGCGGGGCCCAGAGCCAGACCACCCUGCUGUCCAUGGCAAAGGGCGGCGAGCUCAGGGUGGACCCAGAGCGCAGGGGUCGUCUGCAGCUGGCUGGAGGGCUGGAUUCCCCGCGGGUCAACGUGACCAUCACCCACUUACAGCCCAGCGACACGGGACUGUACAUGUGGGAGCUGAGCUUCAAGGGGGAGGACCUCCUGCUCAGUAACACACAGCUCUUCUUGCUGGUGGAAGGGGGAGGGAGGCCGUGCCAGUGCUCUCCCAGUUACCCCCCCCUGCUCCUCACCAUCUUUGCAGCCGCAGGACUCAUCGGGCUCACACUCAGUUGUCUGGCCACAGACAGAUGUCUGAAGGCGAGGCGUCAUCACAGACCACAACCUCCCGCUCCCAUCUAUGAGGAAAUGACCAGGAAGCAGCAGAGCGCCGCGGUGCCCCAAAAUAACCAGGAGGACCCGUCCCACCUGGAGGAAGGCAACUUCCCCUUGUACGCAAACCCCAACAUCCGGCAACCACAGGACAACUACUAUGCCUGCCCCAGACAGCUCUCCCUCAGAGCCUGAGCUGACUGCAGGCUUUGAACUAAUGGUGCGGUACAGGAAGUGACACCGAGAGCUGCGGCCCGUGCUGUGGUCCUCCCAGUGCGGAGCAACAAAGGCAAAGAGAGACAAGAAGGCAAAUAACCAGAUGUCACGUUUUUUAACAGCCAAGAAAAACGAUGCUAUUUUAUUAAUAUUUGAAAGAAGCUCCAUAGUUCAUGAAAACAUUUGUUUCGGUGCAUGUCAUUUAACAAUCACAUUCUAUGAGGAGAAAGAGAUAUACAGAGAGAAAAAUAAAACAUUACAAGCCACUUCUCAUUAAAUCUCAGUACAGACGUUUUUACUUAAUAUUUCAAAAACAAAAAAGGCAAAAACCAAAAAAAAAUAGCCCUAAUCCCACCCUCUGAAAAACCUUUACAACUGAGGAUACAACCAAAAAAAAAGGUUGACAGGAUAGGAUCGAAUCCCACAGUGCUAACGAGUGAGUCGCUCAUUGGUUUUAGGAAUACACAGCAUGGCAAUGUAGCGCUAGAUCGAUCUGAAUCAGGGGGAAGGAAGCUGGAGGCAGAGAGCUUGACAUCCAUCACCGCUCCACACACCUCCCUGCCUCCACUUCCUUUAAAGAGAAAGAAACAAAAAAAGAAAACCCCACAUUGGAUCCUCAAAACCCCUUCGAUAGAUUCGGCCCCUUAAGAAGUAAGCCUGGAAACCCCCUAUCUUCCACCCCCACCCCCCAAAACACUUGUGCAUAGUUUCAUGAUCCUUUUACAACCAGCUCAUGUUUUACAAACAUUCUCCGAAAAUGUGAAAAGUUCCACAAAUGUCUGAUUUAUCUAUUAAUAAUAAUAGUAAUAAUAGUAAUACCCGCUGUGGGAGAAUGAAAGAGAGACAAGAGAGAGAAAGAAGAAAGAUUAAUGCACAAUGUUCCUGAUUCAGUCAGGACGGGACCUCAUAAGAAAACACAAUAAAGAUUCAAACA